UGGGCCGGGCUCGCCGCCGCGGUGCCGCAGCGCUAGAGCCCGGGAGCCGCCCCCGCGCCGCCUGGUCGCUGGUGAAGCCCGCGGCGUGCGCCUCUCCCGGACCCUGCAGGGUAAAAGAAUGUCACAUUUCAACACUUGUGCCUGAAAUCAGCAUGCAAAUUUCAGGCUACAUGGAUGAAUGCCAACUUUUGCAUUUCCCAUGUGCAUCCCAUGACCAUUCUAUCUGGGAACAUGCUUCAAAGAGUUCAUGCAUCUUACUGAGGACACCUGACCUUUUGAAGCUUCAUAAUUCACAUCUAGAUGUCACCAGUCUUUCCCAUGUUAACAGUUCUGACUAUGUUUUAUUAUAUAUGCCUUCGGCGCCGAGCCAGGACAGCUACAAGAGGAGAAAUGAUGAACAACCAUAGAACUAUAGAAUCAAACAGCCGGGCUUCCCCUCUCAAUGCAGAGGUGGUCCAGUAUGCCAAAGAAGUAGUGGAUUUCAGUUCCCAUUAUGGAAGUGAAAAUAGUAUGUCCUACACCAUGUGGAAUUUGGCAGGUGUACCAAAUGUAUUCCCAAGUUCUGGUGACUUUACUCAGACAGCUGUGUUUCGAACUUACGGGACAUGGUGGGAUCAGUGUCCCAGUGCUUCCUUGCCAUUCAAGAGGACGCCACCUAAUUUUCAAAGCCAGGACUAUGUGGAACUUACUUUUGAACAACAGGUGUAUCCUACAGCUGUUCACGUCCUGGAAACCUAUCAUCCUGGAGCAGUCAUUAGAAUUCUGGCUUGUUCAGCAAAUCCCUAUUCCUCAAGUCCACCGGCUGAAGUAAGAUGGGAGAUUCUUUGGUCAGAGAGACCUACGAAGGUGAAUGCUUCCCAGGCUCGCCAGUUUAAACCUUGUAUUAAGCAGAUAAAUUUUCCCACAAAUCUUAUACGACUGGAAGUAAAUAGUUCUCUUCUGGAUUAUUACACUGAAUUAGAUGCAGUUGUGCUACAUGGUAUGAAGGACAAGCCAGUGCUUUCUCUCAAGACUUCACUUAUUGACAUGAAUGAUCUAGAAGACGACGACUAUGAAGAAAAAGAUGGCUGUGGAAUGGACAAUCUUAACAAAAAGUUUAGCAGUGCUGUCCUCAGGGAAGGGCCAAAUAAUGGGUAUUUUGAUAAACUACCAUAUGAGCUUAUUCAGCUGAUUCUGAAUCAUCUUACUCUACCAGAUCUGUGCAGAUUGGCACAGACUUGCAAACUACUGAACCAGCAUUGCUGUGAUCCUCUACAAUACAUUCACCUCAAUCUGCAGCCAUACUGGGCAAAACUAAAUGACACCUCUCUGGAAUUUCUGCAGCCUCGAUGCACUCUUGUCCAGUGGCUCAAUUUAUCUUGGACUGGCAAUAGGGGCUUCAUCUCUGUUGCAGGAUUUAGCAGGUUUCUGAAGGUUUGUGGAUCUGAAUUAGUACGUCUUGAAUUAUCUUGCAGCCACUUCCUUAAUGAAACUUGCUUGGAGGUUAUUUCUGAGAUGUGUCCAAAUCUACAGGACUUAAAUCUUUCCUCCUGUGAUAAACUACCACCUCAAGCUUUCAACCACAUCGCCAAAUUAUGCAGCCUUAAAAGACUUGUUCUCUAUCGGACGAAGGUAGAGCAAACGGCACUGCUCAGCAUUUUGAACUUCUGUUCAGAGCUCCAGCACCUAAGUUUGGGCAGUUGUGUAAUGAUUGAAGACUAUGAUGUGAUAGCUAGCAUGAUAGGAGCCAAGUGUAAAAAACUCCGGACGCUAGAUCUGUGGAGAUGUAAGAAUAUUACCGAGAAUGGAAUAGCAGAACUGGCUUCUGGUUGUCCACUUCUGGAGGAACUUGACCUUGGCUGGUGCCCCACUCUGCAGAGUAGCACCGGGUGCUUUGCCAGACUGGCACGCCAGCUCCCAAACUUGCAAAAACUCUUUCUUACAGCUAACAGGUCUGUGUGUGACACAGACAUUGAAGAACUGGCCUGUAAUUGUACCAGAUUGCAGCAACUGGACAUAUUAGGAACAAGAAUGGUGCAUCUGUUGUACCAGGGCCUAGAGCAGGAGCUGAAAGUGCUCUGGGAGCAUCAUCAGGCCACCACCUUCCUCAGUGCCUUCAGCUCUUCUAAACAUUUGUGGCAAGCUACUAGCUCCGGUUUUAAUUUUGUAGCUUAAAUCACCCCUCAUAAACCAAACUUGGCUAUUUUAAAAUUUGUUAAAUAUUAAGAUACCUAAUUGUUAAAGAAGGUGAAUUUCUUAAGUCUGGUGGUACGCUGAUAAAUCACCAACUCGGGAGAAAAAAAAGCUGCAAUUUGUAGGGCUUUCCAAUUUUUGUCAUGUAAAUACCAUCAUCAUGGCUGAUUUUAAGUCACUUAAUGCCAACUUGGGAUGAGAUGCACACACUUUGCUCUUUUGAGUUGAUAUGAACUAGCUCCAGGUCUCCGCAACCAGAUGAAUUUAUUAAACAUCGAUCUCAUAAUUUCUGAAAAAAGGCAUAAUAAGCUAUAGCUAGCUUUCCCCCAGAGGUGGUAUUAUCUGUAGUCAAAUGGUCCUUCAAAAUCUAUGGAAUUCUUGUUUGCCAUCUAAUACACUGCAAGAAUAAAAUUAACAGAAAUUUUUCUAAAAAAAUUCUGAUAAUCAUACUUAGAAGAAUUUAAAAAUAUUAAAAAGAUAAGCUUUGAAAAACUUUAUAAGGAAAAGCAAAUUAUUUUUGCUGAUGUAAAUCUGACAUAAAUCAUGUAAACUGAUAGAGCAUUGUGUGUGGGGGGGGGCAAUUAUAAUUUUUUAAAAAAAUUCCCCUCUAUUUCCAUGGGCUUUGAAAAUUAUAUCCCCAGAUAAAUUGUGGCAUUUCCUUUCUGCAUGUUGGUGCAAUUUUACAUUAUGAAAUUGUCAUGUAGAUUCAUUACACCUAUUUUCCAAAUACAAAUGACCAUAAUUCAAAUAUGUACCUAUCAUAUACCAAGCUCUAAACUGCAUAGAAACAUUCUAUCACUAAUGUAUUUGCAGGCACACUGCUAAGAUAUUU